AUGGGCACCAGACAAAGUCAAUUCGGUAGUGGCAUGACAAAAUUUUCGUCAAUAAUUAGGGUAAAAAGUAGAAAAUCAAAAAAUUUGGAAACAUUUUCACUAAUAUGGAUAGAUGAAAAUGCGAAUAAAACAGAAGACAAUUUGACUACACAGAAAAGAUUAAGAGCAAAAAUUAAUUUUUUAAAAAUAUUUGAGAAGAUAGACGAAUGCGAACAGUAUAUUCAAAAAAUAAAAGAUGAGAAAAUUAUCUUAAUUGUUAGUGGUAGUGUUGGAAGACAACUAGUACCGAAAAUUCAUGAUUUAACACAAUUGAGUGCUAUCUACGUUUAUUGUAUGGAUAAAAUAAACAAUGAGAAAUGGGCAAAAGACUAUAUAAAAGUUCGAAGUGUGGUAACCCAGCUGAAUGAAUUAGUUUCAAACAUUAUUCAAGAUCAGAAACGUCGUGAAAAAAUUGAAGAACCUCUCGCAAUGACAAUAUUUAAGCGAGAAGAAGCAACAUAUACAGAUCUAAAAUCUGAGAAUGCCAAUUUUAUGUGGUUUCAAUUAUUUAUAGAUGUUUUAAUUCGACUCGAACAAUCGGCCGUAUCAAAAACAGAACUUGUGCUGUUAGGUAAAGAAAUUUAUAAAGGAAAUGAACAAGAACUAGAUAUAAUAGAAGAAUUUGAUAAAAACUACAAACCAUCAAAAGCAAUUUGGUGGUAUACUCGAGAGUGUUUUUUAUUUCGUCUAUUAAAUAAAGGAUUUAGAGUUCAAGAUAUUGACAUAUUAUUUGCCUAUCGUUUUCUAAUUACUGAUAUGUAUAAACAACUAAAACAGACUCAAAGUGAGACUGUUCAGCUUGAGCCAGUUAUUCAUGUUUAUAGAGGACAAGCAAUUUCAAUCGAUGAAUUAAAUCAUAUGAAAACAAGCAUUGGUGAGCUCAUUUCAAUGAGCAGUUUUUUUUCUACAAGUUUACAACGAGAAACUGCUGUUAGCUUUCUUCGUUUGGCGAAUUUAACUGAUCUAUUACAACUAGUACUAUUCGAAAUAAAAGCUGAUAGACGAAUAAAAGCAAAACCGUUUGCUAAUAUUACCCAACUAAGUUUUUUUCAAGAUGAACAAGAAAUAUGUUUUUGUUUUGGAUCCAUAUUUCGUAUACAAAACGUUGUAUAUGAUAAACAAAAUAAUUUUUGGAUAGUGCGACUUGAAUUGUGCAAUGACGACGAUCACGAUUUACGUUUUGUAUAUGCAUAUAUGAAGAAUGAAAUGGGGGAAGAAACUGGUCUUUUAUCGCUAGGAAAACUGUUGUGGAAAGUAGGAAACCAUUACAAAGCUGAAAUGUAUUAUACUCGAUUGUUAGAUGAACUUGAAGAUGAUGAUCCAGAUUUAGCGACAUGUUACGAAGGACUAGGAAAUAUAGCUGAUGAUCGAUCUCAAUUCGACCAAGCGAUUAACAUGCAUACAAAAGCUCUUGAAAUACGUAAAAAAACGUUAUCACCAAAAGAUAAAAUAAUAGCAUUUAGUUAUGUUAAUAUUGGUGUGGUGUAUACAAAAAAUAACGAGCUAGAUUUAGCUCUUAAGAAUUAUUUAAAGGCUCUCGAUAUAGUGUCCGGUUCACAGGAUCUAACAACGGCAACUAUCUACAACAACAUUGGCGAAUUAUACCGUAAAAAAGCUCAAUAUGAUCUUGCUUGUCAACAUCUUUCUAAGUCAUUAAGCAUUCGCCGAGCAUUAUUACCUGAAAAUCACCCAGGAAUAGCUGUUUCCUACUCCACAAUCGGGAACGUUUGCUGUGAAAUCGGAGACUAUCAAUCGGCCUUAGUCAAUUACCAAAAGACUUUAGAUAUACGGUUGAAAACUAUACCAAAGCAGCGUGAUACUGGAAAAACUUAUCGAAAUAUAGCAAUUGUGUACGAAUUGUGUCAUCAGUACCAGUCGGCUUUGUUUAAUUAUAAUCAAGCAUUGAGAAUAUGGCAACAAUUACUUGAACCAACCCAUCCAGAUAUUCUCAAGGUUAAAGAAGAAAUUAAACAAGUAAACCAAAAACUAUAUCAGAUAUGA